AUGGCGCAGGCCCAGGAAGACCUCGAGGCGUCCUUGACCGUCGCGGCGUCCGAGAGACCCCUAGCCACACAGCAGGAGAAAACUCUCCUAAGUGACCAUCUUGCCAUCCGAAGGAAACUGAGGACGAGAUUUACGAGAAAGCUCCACGAGUUAGAAGAGGCUUUGAAAACUAUUGAGAACCGCGCGUCACGCAGAUCAAAGGUGGACCGCGAGUGGUUGCUAGUGGACGAGAUAUUCGAGCAACUAAAGGAAGAAAAUAAAAUCAUCACCCCACUCUUGCUCAAGUGCGCCCCCGAGCAGUUCGAGGCGGCAGCUGAACGAGCCUUCGACUAUGAGGACGCGUAUUUCCGUGUGUACUUCGACGUGAAAGCGCUCCGAGCAGAAGAGACACGGUCGGCAGAAGAACAGAAGGUGACAGAUUUAUCCACCUCGUUUGCCAAGCUCGGGAACUUCAACAAACACUUCAAGAUUCCGAAAUUUUCCGGGGACUAUAGGAAAUUUCGUGAAUGGUGGCAGAUCUUCGAUGCUCACGUGCACAAGAAGACGCUGGAUCCGGUGGAAAAGUAUUCGUAUCUGAAACAAUCGCUUGUGGGACCGGCGGCUGCGGAGAUCGCGCAUCUCGAGUUUUCCGCCGAUCAAUACCAAGUGGCAAUGGACACAAUCGAGGCGAAGUUUGGAGCUCCGAAGGAUGCCGAGAAGGAACACGUACAACAACUCCAGAGACUGUUCCAGGCCCGGGAUCUUCACAUAAACGAUAAGCUUUUCAAAUUCAUUAGUUCGUUGUCCCAAAACGUGAAGGCACUGAUAGCGCUGGGAAAGACAUACGAGUCUUUAUCCACGAUGGUGACCCCGAACGUGCUCAACGCACUGCCGGUACAAAUGAGAGAAAGUUUCAGUAGGAAGAACUUCGAGAAUCUCGCCAAAGCGGAUGCGGACAACGAAUUAAAACUCCUUUUGGAAUAUUUGGAUAGAGAAGCGGCGAUCAAAAGAGCAUGUCAAACUCUUGACCCGCAAACAGAUACCAAUGCUAGAGGGGCGAGCUAUGGCAGGGGAUUCGUAAAUAAUCCCGGAAACUACCAAGGCGCCAGGGCUCGCCAUAAUAGUUAUCGGCCAGGUAGGGACAGCGUGGCUUUUCUCGCAAAGGAUUCCGAGGUAGACCAUUCCUGCCUUUUCUGCGCAGGCACGAAACACGAGAGUAAAGCCUGCAAGAAGCCCUUGUCGGUGAAAGAGAGGAGGGAGGUUUGCGAGAGGAGCAACGCCUGUUUCAAAUGCCUGCAUAGGAAUCAUCAUGCCAAGAAUUGUAGGGUCAGAAAUGUGAAGUGCGACGUUUGUGGGAGAGCUCACUAUCCAAUAAUUUGCGAGAAGAGAGAGGCUGAUGGGGAAAAGGUGAAGGCUUUCUCAGCGACAGUCGCUUCAGGCACGGUAGACUCGACAUCGAAUGAGAUCAAAUACUUCCAAACCGGCCUAGUCUGGGUGCUCGGUCGGUACCGUAAGAAGGUUUUCAGAUUCAUUCUGGAUUCCGGCGCUGAGCGCUCAUACGUCUCGCGGAAGGUAACCCAGGCUCUGGCUCUGGACCCUAUCGGCAGGGAGAACCUCGCGACACUCACGAUAGGCGGAGAAAUUUCGGACUACAAGAAUCACGAUGUGUAUCAUCUAAGGUUACGGGGCAGAUUCAAUAGCACGAGUACGGUUGCGAUCCCAGCGGUAGAAGUUCCUGAGAUAGCAAAGGGCGAGUUCCCAAUCAUGCGGGACGGUCGUGGUCUUUUCCCGUUGGCUGAUCACGGCGGCUCGCUAGAGACGUCAACGGUCGACAUUCUUGUCGGGCAGGACGCUUUGGCGAGCUUGCUUAAAGGCGAAGAGCGGAUCUUUGACAAUAAGGUCGUGGCAACGAGUACCAUUUUCGGCUGGGUCCUCUCUGGAAGGGGAGAGCCUGAGGGCGAGCUACACCAGGAGCAAAUGGUUUUUCUGGCAUCUAGUCGGUUCCAACCGGGCACAAGGAGAGCGGGGUCGGAAUUAAAUUUGGAUACGGAUUUGCAACUGCUUUGGUCGACGGACAUUCUCGGUAUCGAACCGCAGUCAGAUACCGUAGACUCGACAGCAGAGGCAGAGCUCGAGAAGUUUUUCAAAAACAACAUCCAGCGGUUAAACGAAAACCGAUACAUGGUAAGCCUGCCUUUCAACGACAAGUUGAGAUUCCUGGGUGAUAACGAAAAUAUAGCUAGAGGCAGCCUCAGUCGGUUUCUGCGGAAGGCACGCGACAAGAAAGAUCUUCUCCGAUCAGUGGACGAGGAAAUUCAGAAAUAUGUCCAGAUGGGCUACGCUGAGCCAGCGACUCCAAAGAAACCCGGAGAACUCGUCCAUUAUUUGCCGAUUCUCCCGGUAAUAAAGAGAACAGCGACUGGUCAAAUCGCGAAAGUACGCGUUGUGAAGGAUGCAGGCGCACGUAGAAAGGAUGAAGCAGCCCUGAACGAUGUCUUACAUUGCGGCGCCAAUUUGCUGCCUGACAUUAUCAAGGUGCUCCUCAGAUUUCGAAAACAGGAAAUCGCGAUCGUCGCAGACAUCCAAAAGGCAUUUUUACAAUACAAGAUCCACCCUGAUCAUCGAACUUUCCUCCGCUUCUUUUGGCCAAUCGGCGUAUCGGAGAACCCGCACGCGCCUAUUAAGGAGUUAUGGAGUACGGUGCUGGAUUUCGGUAUCGUGUCCAGCCCUUUCAUACAUUGCGCAGGUCUGAAAUACCACAUUCGGCAGCUGAAGCGAGACCACCCAGAGAAAGCUGACUUGCUAGAGGACAUCGAGAAUCAUUUCUACGUUGACGAUCUCAGGUGGGCUACCAACAGCGCUGAGUUGGGCAGACGCAUGGAGGCGACGGCAGAAAUAGAGGGCUUGCAAGUGAACUACGGGCAAACGGAUUUCAGGUUCCUCGGCUUGGGCUGGGACCUGGGGUCCGACCAGCUCCACAUACCGGUACAAGCGGCUGUGUCCACUCUGCGAGCGAAUCAACCCACGAAGCGCACGCUGUUGAAAGGUACCGCGCAGGUUUUCGAUCCCUUGGGACUGAUCGCUCCGAUCACGAUAAAGGCGAAGACGUUGAUACAGAGGUUAUGGAUUGCGAAGCGAUCUUGGGACGAGCCCCUCGGCGGCGAAGAGUUAGAAGCGUUUUCGGACUUCGUUAGCGUUCUCGAGCAGGUGAACAGAGUGCGAGUCGACAGAAACACGCUCUCUUCUCCGUCGGCUCCACGGCGAACCGAGUUACAUGCGUUCUGUGACGCUUCUCUAGCAGCUUACGGAGUAGUGGUAUACAUUCGGGAGUCUCGGAUCAGAGGGCCCGAAGUCGCAUGGUUAGCAGCCAAGGCGAGGGUGGCACCACUAAGAGCAGAAUUCACCAUUCAUAGGUUAGAAUUGAUCAGCGCAGUGUUGGCGGCGAGACUCGUGCAGAGGGUCCGGGAGUACUUCAAUUAUCAUUUCGACUCAAUCUUUUUUUGGUCGGACAACUCGCCCACACUGCAUUGGAUAAGAGACGCUCCAAGUAGAUGGAAACCCUUCGUGGCGAAUCGCAUAAGGGAAAUUCAGUCGCUCUCAGAUCCCUCGGCCUGGAAUUAUGUAGCCUCCGCGGAUAAUCCGGCAGAUCUGCUGAGCAGAGGCGUCUCGGUCACCGAGGGAGAGGCGAUGGACAUGUGGCUGAGAGGUCCUCCUUGGCUCUCCAGGAACGGGCGCCCGGAAAAACCCCAUCAAUUGAACGAGUUGUUCGACAAUGAACUCAAGGUCGAGAGCGAAAAAUCGAGAUCGGCAUGCCUCUCUGCUCGGGCAGCAGCGUCGGAGGUUGACGUCUUCCAGAAUUGUGAUCGAGUGUCAUCGUGGUCUGUGGUUGUCAACAGUACGGCGCGGAUAUUGAGAUGGCUCGCGAUCGUGAGAGGCGCUCGUGAGCGAGCAGCGUCAGGCGCACCCGUAUCCACAGCCGAAGCCAUGAAGGCAGAGGAGGCUAUUAUCAAGUCGAUACAAAAACGCCACUUCGAUUUAGAGAUCAAUUCAAAUUGUAAAGAGGUUCCGAAGGAGAGGAAUGAUAAUGCAGUGCGCUUGCUGAUCCGUUUCUUUCACGAAAAGCGACUAUAUCAUGUCGGCGGCGUAGCUUUCACCCUCAAUGCUCUAAGACGGAAGUUUUACAUCCUAUCGGCAAGACGCACAACCAGGAGUGUCCUCAGGGACUGUGUCGAUCAUGCGGGACCCAUUCCCUUCAGGAAUGCGAUGAAUGAAGUCUGCAAAGGCUACAUUUUGCUAUUCGUUUGUUCAGCGACUAGAGCCGUCCACCUAGAGCUGGUACCGGAUAUGUCCACGGAGCAGUUUCUGUUGUCGCUAAGAAAGUUUCUGAACCGAUUCCGCUCCACUACCAAAAUCAUAUCCGAUAACGGUAGGUCUUUUGUGCGCGCCGCGAAAGAGCUAAAAAUAUUAUUCGACCAUGCGAGAGCGCCUCGGGUACAACAACAUCUGGUCAAUCAAUCCAUAACGUGGGAGUUUAUCACGGCGAGAGCUCCGUGGCAAGGCGGAUGGUACGAGAGGAUGGUCCAGACCAUAAAGCGCCCUUUGAGGAGAAUUCUGGGCAAGAAUACACUCUCUUUCAGAGAGCUGGAGGUUGUCCUUUCAGACGUGGAAGCACUGGUGAACGAAAGACCAUUAACGGCGAUACAGACCGAUCCGAACGAGAUUAGAGCCCUUAGCCCAGCCGAACUGGUGUCAGCGAAUAAUCUCCGAGUGCCGCUUCCAGAGGUGGAAUGCGAGCCGAAGGACCCGUCGGCUUACAAGUCAUUGGUGCUUUCCAAAAGAUGGAUGUACUACCAGUCGAUCAUGAAAAGUUUCCGCAAAAGAUUCAAAGAGGAGUAUUUACAAUAUCUUCGCUCAGCACAUCUUCGCACACCAGUGACCAGGAGAUCUUUGCAGCCGGGCGACAUUUGCUUACUGAAAGACUCAGACACGUCGCGGAAUCACUGGCCGCUCUGUAGAGUUCUGAGCCUUUCGGGGGGGGAGAGGUCAGACCGCCUCAAACGAUCCUGUCUCAUCAAACUCGCAACCGGUCAAACUUAUAGCCGACCGAUUCAACUCCUCUAUCCGUUGGAGGUCUAA